AGAAGAAUCAAGUUGUCAUUCAUCCAGCACUCCAGAUAAUAAAACCCCAACUCACGUCAUAACUGGAGACAGAAUAGGACACGAGAAUAUAAAAGCAACGUGACAUCACAUUAUUGUAGCAUACGAGCUGUUAAACCACCCUUGAAUUCUAUCUGAUCCCCUUGGGCAAUAAAAUUACAAAAAGAAAUUAGCCGACAUUUUUACCAACUUUUUUAAAAAACAGACUCACUAAAUAUCUACCUCGUUUUAAUUUGACCCAUCCCAAAGACAUGUCCGGAAAAAAUAAGGCGACAAGGUGGGGUAUCAUUGGGGCAGGUGAGAUUAGUCAUGACUGGGCCGUAGCUGUGGCCACCUUGCCAAAAAAUGAGCAUGAAAUUGUUGCCGUUGCUGCCCGAGCUGUCGACAGGGCCAAGAAGUUUGCACAAGUGCAUAAUAUUCCUAAAGUUCAUAACACGUACGAAGAUUUGAUCAAGGAUGGCGAUGUCGAUGUUGUCUAUGUGGGCAUUCUGCACACGGAACAUCUUCGCAUCUGCAAGCUCAUUCUUGAUCAAGGGAAACACGUCUUGUGUGAAAAACCAUUAGCCAUGAAUGUGAAAGAAACGAAAGAACUGGUCGAGUAUGCUCGCAAGAAAAAGGUCUUUUUUAUGGAGGCUAUCUGGAGCAGAUUCUUCCCAGCUUACAUCAGACUUCGGGAAGAAAUUGCGAAAGGUACGGUUGGAGAGGUGAUCCAAGUCCGUGCAGAAAUGGGGAUCGAAUUUGGCGAGGAUAAUUGGCGAAGGGACCGUGAGAACGGUGGGGGGACCGUGCUGGACAUGGGCACUUACACGGUGCAAUUUGCCACAAUGUGCUUUAAAGGGUUGAAGCCGGUUAAAGUAAUUGCGGGAGGCCAUAUGAACGCCUCUGGUGCAGAUGACAGUAGCAGUGCAACGGUCAUUUUUCCAAAUGGAAAGACUGCGACGCUAAUUACCCACAGUCGAGUGAAUCUGCCAUCUGAAGCGAUCGUUGUUGGGACAAAGGGCACAUUAAAGUUGCCAUACCCGUUCUGGUCUUCGAGUAAAUUGGAGACGCCGACGGAAAAGCUGGAGUUUGAACUUCCAAAAUCAGACAUGAAAAUCAAUUUCUGGAACAGCACCGGCCUUUCGUAUCAAUGUCGGGAAGUGAGAAGGUGCAUUCAAGAAGGAUUGACCGAGAGUCCCGAAAUGACUUUGGAUGAAUCCAUUCUGAUUGCUGAGAUUCGGGAACAAAUUAGGAAACAGAUUGGUGUCGUUUAUCCGCAAGAUAAGUAGAAGAGAGCUUAUCUGACUUUGCAGACUAAAAAUCCAACAAUAAUAUGUCUAAAUUUGGAGUUAAACAUAAUAAAAUUAUUGUUCUCAAUAAAAGUGCAUUAAUUUGAAGAGCA